UUUAAGGUAGCUGCGCAGUGGGGGAUGCGCAGUUGUAAAAGGGUCAGAGGUCAUGAGUGAACGGAUCAGACAAAGGAGCGAAUCUGAAGGAAAAACGUGACGAUUUCGAGCUGUUUUAAACACACUGGUCAUCUGAACACACAGGAAGAUGGCCACAGGCGGUGGUCAUCCCGGCCAGCACCCUAACCUGGUGGACGAUCUUGAGUCAUCCUUCCACACUCUCUUCUCAUCCCUCGUCAACCAGGACCACGUAAACAUCGUCGAGCAAGACGAGAUCAAAACCAGCGUGGAACAAAACGUCCAGAAGUUCCUCGACACCGCCAAACAGAUUGAGUGCUUCUUCCUUCAACGAAGACUUCUGCUCUCAAGUCAGCGUCCCGAGCAGAUCUUAAAGGAGGACAUCCAGGAACUGCGGACGGAACUGCAGAGGAAGGAGGCGCUCAUACAGAAGCAUCAGCAGAAGAUCGCGCAGUGGCAGACCGUGUUGGCCGAUAUUAGAGGGUUGGGGCGGCGGCCUUCUCAGGCACCCCCGCAACAAGAUGGUAUGUCCCAGGGUGCGUCGUCGUCUCAGGUGCGCCCUCCCGCACCCGGGACUCCGGGUACGCCAACGAUGAUUGGUCCGGGGGGACAGCACGGGAUGAUGUGGUCGCAGCAUGGAAUGGCGCCAGGACCAGGGGUGGGCCCCCUAGCGCACCUGGAACAGACUGCAUCCAGUUUGGGUAGCCUAGGCGGCAGCUUUGGUAGCUUCGACAGAGGGGGAAGCUUUGACAGGGGAGGCAGCUUCGAUAGACGAUGACUCUAUAUAUCAUGAAUAUACAUGUAUCUGAUUGUGUUUAGAAUCAGAGCGUCUCUAUAACUUCAGUUUCAGAUAGCAUAACAUUGUAUAGAACCAUCCAAUCUGUUUAUAGAUGGACAGAUGUUAAGUGUUUGCCAUUUUGUUAUUCUCAAAAGCAUUCCAAUAUUGUAGAAUUUAUCUAAUCCUAUCCACACAUCUGAUUUUCUGUCAUUAUGUAUGUUGUUUGUAAAAUGUGAUGUUAAUAAACUAUGAUAACCACC